AUGUCCAGCCGUGACCCUCCUCCAUCCCCGCCUCUUCAACACCGCCGACGGUCCUCCUUCAUUGACAUGUUCACUCCUCGAAUCCAUCCAACCACCCACGUUUCGUCUUCUCCCCCUUCCGCAACGGUCCCGACCACUCCUGGCGUUCCGCAACAUCGAAGAGGCACUUCAAUCACUGCUCUCGGCAUCAGCACAAGCACGGGCAACCAGCCAUCUCCCUUUGCUGCCUUCCAGAACCAAAGACGGGCAAGCAUUGCAACUUCCUCGGCCGCGAGCUCUCCCGAGUUCAAGAACAGCUUUGGAGAUGAACCAGCGGUCAUUGAAGAGGACGACCCGGCUAGAGCUACCAUACAUCCUCCGGGUUCACCUUCUUCUGCAAGACAGGUUAGUUUCGGGGCACAAGCGCUACGAGAGUCCUCCAGACUAGCAGGAAGCCCGAGCACUUCUGUCGGUGGUAGGCGACCCCCUUCCCUGUUCCCUCUGGAAGAGAACCCUGUGAAUGCCACUCCAUCACGUCGAGCUACGUCGGGGACGGCCAAGACUGCAGGAGAAGGUUUCAACUGGUCCGAGGCCAUCCGCGAUAGAUCGAGACGCUCCCCAUCCUUUUCUUCGGGUAAUCCCUUCGCACAUGGCCCGUCACGACCUCGUGCAGCAAGCAUUUCCCACACUGAACCACCAAAGGAAAUCGUCAAACCCGUCGAGACAACUCCACAGAGACUGAAGAAGCCGGAUCAUCUAGGAGAAAGAAUGCUGCGUGGCGAUUUCAUGAUGGACUGA